CUCUCGGGCAACCAGUCGAGCACAACCAACCUCCACUUCCACCACGACCGACCCAGGUCUCCGCAACUGCGCGUCCCGUAUGCCUUCGCCCUCUACGGGGUAGACCUCCUCUGUUGCCCUCUCCCCGGGAAGGAAUAUAAAAAGUGGCAGGCUCGGAGUAAGCAUGUUGGAAAACGGCAGGAAGGUGUUCAAGGAAGGCGUGCUGGAGAAGAGGAGCGACGGCCUGCUGCAGCUGUGGAAGAAGAAGCUGUGCGUCCUGACCGAGGACGGCGUGUUGCUGCUGCCUCCCAAGCAACACGAUCAUCACCCGCAGCAGCAGCAGCAACCACCGCAAAACCACCACCACCAUCACCACCACCGCGGGGAAGACGCGGGCAAAGUCAAGGAGCUCCACUUCGCCAACAUGAAGACCGUGGACUGCGUGGAGCGCAAGGGCAAGUACGUCUACUUCACCGUGGUCAUGUCCGAAGGGAAGGAGAUCGACUUCAGGUGCCCGCAGGACGAGGGUUGGAACGCGGAGAUCACCUUACAGAUGGUCCAGUACAAGAACCGACAGGCCAUCCUGGCGGUCAAGUCUACCCGGCAGAAGCAGCAGCUACUCGUCGUGCAUGUUCCCGGUCAGAGCCACAAGACGCUGCGGAGCUCGCCCAACGUGGCGUGACCUGCCCGGCGAGUCCGGCGGACAUUCGAGCGCCGUUUGCGGUUAAUUGGACAUUGGACGUUGUAUAUCGACUCCCACCCCUGCGGCAUCAGCCCCUAAUUCUCCAGGACAAGCUCCGCUACUCGAUCCAUAUUUCCACGGAACCCUUUUGACCCCCACUGACACACGGACUUCCUCCACUAAAGACUCAUGGACUAACGAAGAAGCAUGUGAGAAAACAAAGUGCGUUGGACCGUGCAGUUAUUUAUUAGACGUGUAUAUAUCUUUUUUUUCUAUGACUGUGUUCAACGGCAAGUCCAUUUAUUGGAAGGAAGCCUUUAUUUGUACUGUUGUUGUCUUAUUAACAGGUUGGUCGGAAUCAUCAAACCAAAGA